AGUACCAUGCGGGCGUUGAGUUUGCCUGUGUUGGCACUGCUGCUGCUGUGUGCCCUGUGCACACUGACGGAGGUGCGCGGGGAGAUUAAGUCGGUGAAACUGUGCGGGCGCGAGUUCAUCCGGGCCGUGGUCUACACCUGCGGUGGCUCCCGAUGGAGGCGGCUGCUCAGCCAGAGAGACCUGGAGGGCAUGUCUGGUGGGGAGCAGAGCAGCGUGGAGAGCAAGAGUGAGAGCCUGUUGCCAGAGCUGAGCAGACGAGACCUGAACAACGUACUCACUCAGAUGUGUUGCCAGAUGGGCUGCCGCAAGAACGACCUCAUGCACCUGUGCUGAGGAACACCAGGAUAACACACAC